AUGGACACAUGUUCCAUUAGGCCAGCGAAGAACUCCAGCACUCAGCAAUUAAGUCCCAGCCAUGCAUCUCAUGUAGUGUUGAACUUCAGAGCCAAUGGAAGAGAGGACUCAGUGGACUCUGGUCAUUCCAGCUCUGGGAGCUUCAAGUUAUGUGCCGAGGGUCCAUACAUAGACUCCUCAGAUUGUCCAGUGCCCAAGAGGACCAUUGGGAAGGUACCAUCCCUGGAUGCAGGAGUGUCCAACAAUAACUUUGAGUUCUCCAAGGACAAUAGCAUUACCUUAUCUUUCGACAUUGAUGAUCCAGUUCAUCCUGACCAUCAACAGUUUGAGCAGGAAGAGGAGGAGCUGGAGGACAUCUGGAACCACACCAACAGCUACCGAGAGAGUCUGAACUCUGACAUCAUGUAUAAUGGCUACCAGAACAAGCAGUGCUCUUCAGGAAGUUGGUCACGGGCCUCUGCACCCAACCUUCUUGUGGCGGAGAUCAGACUGCCACCAUAUGUCCAGACUAUGGUCGGUUCUGGGAAGCAGCAGAACCCAAGGGAAGAAAGGCAAAUUCUGGAUAAAGGGGACAGAAGGUCUUGGGCUGCGUUCACUCAACAGGAACAGGUUUACAAACAAGUGACUGUUAAUGAAACGGCUUCAGAUAUCUUGAAACUACCUGAAAUACAGGACCAGCAAAAGUAUAUCUACCAUUAUAGAGAGGAGGAGGAGGAGGAAGGGGAGGAGGAGAAGGAAACAGGUUUUCUGAAGGACCAAUCCUUGAGCCUCCUGUCUGUUCAUAAGGGAUUGAAUGGGAGCAAUGAUAAUGAUAUCCAGAGUGGAAGACAAGAACUUGAACUGCCAUCUAUGGAAGGUACACUGGAGAGGAAACACAAACUACAGCUGGGUGGAAAGAAGGCACCAUGCAGGGCGUGGAACUCCUAUCAUGCUGUGCUAUACAAACAAACAAUAUGUUUCUAUCAAGACAGGAAGGAUACACUCAUGAGCUGUGUGACCAGCCUUCCUCUGAAUCUAAUUGGAGCGGUGUGUGAACCAUCGCCAGAGUACACCAAAAAACCCAACUGCUUCUCCUUGAGAUUGCGGGAUGGAUCGGAGUAUCUCCUCAGUGCACCGUCCCGAUUCAUGAUGAAGAAAUGGAUCCUCAGAAUCCAAGCACACACUGCGUCUAUUGAUUCUGUAGUGAACAGAUCAACAUGUCAUGGGUCUUCAGCUUCAGCGACGCUCCCUAGACAUUCUCCUGCUAUCACUGGCUGUCAGUGUGGAGAUAAAUGUCACUGCUUCAUGAGAAAUUAUGUCACCACCACUGUUUUAGCACAGAGUCAGCCCACCUCAGGCCGAACCAAAGAGAUUAUAGUUCACACCAGCGAGGCUCUGCAGAUCCAUCAAAGGCAUCAGGAUCUGUUGCACCCCUCGUUUUCAGAUGCGGGUCAUUGUGAGGAUGAGUUCGACUCUCAUGGCGAGUCUCUGAGACAGAAACCAUCCUCUAUGUCCACUGUUCAGGGCUGGACCAGCGAAAAGAGACGCUCACACUCCUUUACCUCAGCCACAUAUCAGAGGAUCAAGCCUGUAGCGCCUCCUUCAGGCAGAGGCCAGGACAGCAGCUCCAGCUACUCAGUGACUCUCUUCAUCAGAGAUGGUGAGAUGCCAUCAGUCUGUAAAAGCACAGCGACAGCCUCAUCAAACACCGAUCUGCCCAUGAGGAGCUACAUGAGCCUCCCACGACCCCCCAACAAAUCCGUCUUCAGGAAGUUCUUUGGGAAAAAGGAGUGAUGGACACUUUCUGUGACACUGCAGGUCAAAGACCCUGACUGACACAUGUGCAGGACACAAGUUCAAAACAUUUCUCUUACAUUUAUUUAUGGAUCUGAUGGAGAACCAUUUGUGUAUAGUUUUUUUUGAAUGAGAUCUUGUAUGAUUGUGUUGCUUCAAGAUGUGUAAUGUUCACUCCUACUUCUUCUCACUUCAUCAGCCGUUUUGAUAUCGGCUCAUGGACGGUUCAGUUAAUCUUUUACUCACCCUCAUGUUGUUGUUCCUAACCGAUAUGACUCUUUCUUUAAUGGAACAUUGUGCAUUUAGCUGCACUUUUAUCCAAAGCAAAUUACAAGGAGGAACAAAAAUUUGCAACGCCAGCAGGUUUUUUAGACUAUUUAGUAGCAAGCUAGAGAAGAGAAGAAACACAGAGAAUAUUUGAAGUCUGUCAAGCUCCAAAAAGACAAAAGCACAACACAGAAGUAUUAUAACAGUAAUGCUUAUGACUCCUCCACUAUAUACCAAUUGCUCUGCAGUCAUAAAACAGUCAUGCUUUGUGUGAGAAACAGACCCAAAUUUAAUAUUUUACUCCCUACCCAAACAUUUUAAUAUGAAAGUCCAAAAAUCUCACUUGAUUGAGGGCUGUGGGCUGAAUGUUAAUGCAUUAUAAACUAGCUAUAUUAUAUUGGUAUAUUCAAUUUUGCAUUAAAUUAUAUUAUAUAAUAUUAGUCUUUUAAAUCCAACUAAAAGAUUUUAUCUUUGGCAUUUUCCCACUUUUUUUAGGUUAGACUGAUAAAACUGGGACUCGAACUCAGGACGUCUGAUGACAGCAUGAUGCCCAUUUAUCAAAUAAAUAAAAAAAUCACUAAAAUCAAUUCAUUAAUAUUUUUUUUUACAAAUCUUAAAAAAAUUCACUUUUCAGUGCAAAAAAAAAAUAUUAUAUAUAUAUAUAUAUAUAUAUAUAUAUAUAUAAAUGGUAAAACAAAAAUAUAAAUUAGAAAUAAAAUCCUCUCGUGAUAAAUGGCAUGACGGAUCAAUUUAGGGCAUUUUUGCACUCUGCAAAUCUUCCCUUGGUGCUUUCUUGUCGUUUUGGAGCACAAUUAACCCUUUUGUUACAUAAAACGUGUUUCCAAUUAUUCUGGAGGGUCACUUUGUUGCACAGACUUGAGCGUAAUGACUUCGGCUCGUACCAAAACUCUGAAUGAAAGUGUCUGUCAAUGAAAAGUAUUAGACAGAAUAUAGUUCAAACUAUAAAAAACACUUAGAAAAUAGGAACAUCAUGAGGGUGAGAAAUGAUCGGUUCACACUAAACAUAAUUACUAUAUUAUAUUCUAUCAAAACUUUAUAGUUAAAGGUGUGAACUUUCAUUUAUGGAUGACCUCAACAUUUUCCCGUGCUGAGACGUCUUUAUUUGCCAGAUUUGUUUCAUGUGUAUAAAUGAGUGCAGUUUGCUGUGGAUGUGAUGACAGCUGUAAAAUACUGCCGUACUGAAUCUACUGAUAUGAUACUUUCGAUAGCUAAUGUGUUCAGUGUUCCUACCACAUUCCACUUGAGGUGGUUUUCAGUUCGUUUAUGGUCUGUUUUUGGCAUGGAUUGCAGUUUCUCUGAGGUUUUGGCACAUAUUAUUUCUCAGCUUGUCAUGUUUCUCUGCAUCUGCUGGUGUGAGUUCUGUGUGGACUUAUAGGGUUAAUUCAACCAAAAAUGAAAGGUCUGUCAUCAUUUAUUUACUUGAGGGUGAGCAAAUGUUGUCAGUAAUGAACAUUUUUGGCCAACUGUACCUUAAACAUGUUGUUUUUCUUUCUAAACUAAACAUUUGAUUCACAUAUACUCUA